CAACGUGUGAAGAAGUGUCAACUGUCAACAUGAACAAAAUAAAGGACGGAUGGUUUGGUGAAUCAAAUCAAUUAUGGCCUGGUCAGGCCAUGUCAUUGCAAGUGGAAAAUGUACUUUUUCACGAAAAGUCGAAAUAUCAAGACGUUCUAGUUUUCAAAAGUAAGACCUAUGGCAACGUGUUGGUACUUGAUGGUGUUAUACAGUGUACAGAGCGGGAUGAGUUUUCAUACCAAGAGAUGCUGGCACAUAUACCUCUCAACUCACAUCCUAGACCUAGGAAGGUGCUUAUCAUUGGUGGUGGUGACGGAGGUAUUCUAAGGGAGGUAAUCAAGCACCCUGAUGUGGAACGGGUCGACCAGUGUGAGAUUGACGAUAAAGUGAUAGAAGUGUCCAAACAGUACCUGCCCAAGAUGGCGGAGAGUUUUUCCAGCCCCAAGCUGCACCUACAUGUUGGGGACGGGUUUGAGUACAUGAAGGCUCACCAGGGGCAGUACGAUGUCAUCAUCACUGACUCCUCCGACCCUGUGGGGCCUGCAUCCUCCCUGUUCCAGAAGUCGUACUAUGAGCUCAUGAAAUCAGCCUUGAAACCGGAUGGAAUACUCGCCUGUCAAGGUGAGUGUUUAUGGCUGCACCUGGAGCUGAUCAAGGGGAUGCUGGAGUUCUGCAGGUCUCUGUUCCCGGUGUCAGACUAUGCGUACACCACCAUACCCACCUACCCCAGCGGACAGAUUGGCUUCAUUCUCUGCAGCAAAAAUCCGAUCACCUGA